AUGGGCUCCGGAGACUCUAACCCGCAUUUCGUCCCCCUUCUAGCACAAAAGCACAGGGACCUGAAACCUGGCCUACUGCCACUUGACGCCACAAUUUCCGCUAUUGAGAAAGAAACCCACAAAUCUAAGACACCCUCAAAGAAUGCAUUUGCAAGGGCCAAUGGCCGGAAAUAUCAUCAUACCGUUCCUGGAGGAUGGCAGGAACAGGCACCCAAAAUCGCAGACCAAUGCCAUUGCACGGUAGACGAAAUUGAAGAUAUAUACCCAUGUACCCCUCUGCAAGAAGGAAUGAUGGCGCUCACACUUAAAGACUCUACAGCAUACACAGUGAUGUACAAGUAUCACUUGCCAUACAACAUCGACAUUGAUCGUUUGAGGUCAGCCUGGGAUCAGGCUACCCAAGCGAACCCGAUACUACGCACACGGAUAGUUCCCACCCAACACAGCAAUUGUAUGCAAGUGGUGCUCCAGGAGCCUAUUCCCUGGGUCGUCUGUGAAGGGUAUAACGCCAGUGGCGAAGACGUGGUCAGCCCUGGUGCUACACGAAAUCCAGACGAAGACAGAAACGAUCAGUCACGUACCAUAUGGCAGCCAGGGUCUCCGCUCGCAAGGCUGAUAUGGGAUCCCUCAGCACAUAUCCUGACGGCAUUAAUGCACCAUGCGCUCUGCGAUGACUGGUCAAUGAGGAUUUUGCUGCACGACGUGGAUGCGGCAUACCAGGGGCAAGUAUUGGUACCCCGACCGUUUCGACCAUUGAUCGAGUACAUUGAGCAAUCGAAAGAUAGAUCUGCGGCAUUCUGGAGAGAGAAGUUUGACAAUGCACACCAGAGCGAGAUGACGGCCUUUCCAUCUCUGCCAAUCCCUGGAUACAACCCCAUCUUGUCACAGGAAUUGACACAAACCUUCCCCUGCAGUCAGGACCGCAGGCUAGCGUUCCCCAUAAACGCCAAGAUUCGACUGGCCUGGGCCAUGUUACAGUCUUUGUAUACGCGCUCAGGCGAUGUGCUCUUUGGAGCAAUCGAUACUGGUCGUGGCAUACCUUUGAAAGGCAUUGAUGAGCUGAGCGGGCCAGCCUUGGUCUGUGUCCCAGUACGGGUCCAGCUUCAGCCGCAGCGGACCAUUGCGGACGCACUUAAAGCCAUUCAGUACCAGUACGCAGACACAAUGGAGUUUGCACAUAUCGGCCUUCAGCACCUGAUGCACCUUGGCCCCGAUACAGCCGCAGGGUGUCGCUUCAACACGUUGCUCGCUGUGGAGCCAGAGCACAGCGACCCAGUCCCCUCGAUAUUCAAGCAUAAUUGGGAGAUCCAGAAGACGUAUGAUACGUACCCGUUGAUAUUGCGGUGCCGGCCAUCGUCCCGGUCCCUGACGAUUCAAGCAACGUUUGAUCCGGCGAUACUAGAACCACAGCAGACGAAUCGUAUUUUGCAUCAGCUGGUAAAUAUAUACUCUCAAUUGGAGGGGCAACCCGAAUUAAAAUUGUCCGAAGUCGACAUACUCAGCCCUAAAGAUCGACAGAGUCUCUCUACCUGGAAUCUGCCAAUUCCUUCAAUGACAAUGAACACAGUGCCCGAGCUGAUUCACGAGAUGGCUCUUAAACAACCCCAAGAGACGGCGAUCUGUAGCUGGGACGGCAAUCUCACUUAUGAUCAGCUUGACCGCCUCUCACAUGCUCUUAUGAUUCGAUUCAAGAAACAUGGCGUCGCGCCGGGCGUUUUCGUCCCGCUCUGUCUGGAAAAGUCAAUGUGGAUGGGGCUUGCGAUGAUAGGAGUCAUGAAGGCUGGCGGAGCUUUUGUCUUACUGGAUCCAUCGUAUCCUGUAAGCAGGCUUCGUCAGAUGUGUGAGGCUGUCAAAUCAUCUUUAGUAGCCAGCACAAGUGAGACCCGUAACCUCGCAUCACGACUCGGGCCACGAGUCCUGGUGAUCGACGAGGAAGACCCUCAAUUGCUUCUUCAACAGGUACGGAGCUGUGAUGGUAAUCACCCUAUAGCCAGCUGUUCUACCGAAGACCCUAUGUAUGCUACCUUCACCUCUGGCUCGACAGGGGCCCCCAAAGGGGUGGUGGUCGAACAAGGAGGGUAUGCGACGAGUGCUACGGCCCAUGCAGAACAGUACAACUUCACACCACAUUCCCGUGUUCUGCAAUUUGCCUCCCCGGGAUUUGACUCAUGUAUUAUUGAACAUAUUAGUACGCUUAUUAAGGGUGGAUGCGUCUGUGUUCCAAAUGGCCAUGAGUGCCACAGCCGCCUGGCACACACGAUCAAUAAAUAUAGUGUGAACAACGCUUGCCUCACUCCGUCUGUGGCGCGGAUCCUCACACCGGAAGACCUUCCUACCCUUCAAGACCUUGCCCUUGUCGGAGAGCCUGUCCUCGAUGGUGACAUCGCACGGUGGGAGCCAUUCGUUCAUCUGCGGAAUGCAUAUGGUCCAGCAGAAUGCUCCGCUGUAUUCAGCGUUCAGCCAAGCUUAACCGAGCAUGAUCCGAAGAAUAUUGGUUUCCCAACGGGCGGCGUCGGAUGGGUUGUGCACCCUGACGACUCUCAGAUCCUGAUGCCAGUGGGUAGUACUGGCGAGCUGCUGAUUGAAGGCCCAAUUGUUGGACCCGGAUAUAUUUCUAACCCUGUGCUAACAGCUCAGACCUUCAUUCAUCCCCCGAAGUGGAGGCAGCAGUUUGGCGACGUCCAUGGCCGCAUGUACAAGACGGGCGACCUGGUACAGACUACAGAUACUGGCAGCUUUCGAUACUUAGGGCGCAAGGACACCCAAGUGAAGCUCCACGGACAGCGCAUCGAAUUAGGUGAAAUAGAGCACCUUUUGCAGUCCAUUGCGUUUACCGAUGCUCCACAAGUCGUUGUGGAAAUCGUACAGGACAACAAUUUCCACCCUCCAGUAGACACACUUACUGCAUUUAUUUGUUGGCCAGCCGCGCCAGAUGCUACGAAUGAUCAAGAGCUGGAUGGCAGUGCUUUCCUUGCUCCUAACGACGCCUUCCGCCAGGCAUGUACGAUUGCCGAGUCCCAGUUAUCGAACUUGCUGCCGUCGUUCAUGGUCCCCAAACUGUUUCUUCCUGUCGGUCAGAUGCCGUUGACGCCCAGUGGAAAGCUGAAUCGUCGCCAGCUACGAGUAGACGCUGGCACACUCUCUGCUGACACCAUGAAAUCGUACCGAGCAGCACCGUGCUCAUUACAGCCUCCCUCCACCCCCGAAGAAGUCCUCCUGCAAAGCAUCUGGGCACAGGUUCUGAACAAAAGCGCAGACGACAUUGGUGUAACUGAGAGUUUCUUCAACCUCGGUGGGGAUUCAGUGAGUGCCAUGCAAGUUGGUGCCAACUGCCAAACCGCUGGCUAUACGGUUAGUGUCGCCGACAUAUUUCAAUUUCCCACCAUAACUCAACUGGCACACAAUAUGAAACCAGUCAGCAGCUAUCGUCCCAAUGUCACCAAGGAACUCCCAGAAGACACCUGGUUCAGGCUUUCUCCCGUCCAGCAAUUGUUCUUUGAGGUAUGUCCAGAUGGACAUAAUCGGUUUACCCAACAAUUCCUACUGCGCCUUUCGAUAUUGCAGGAGAGCACUCGUAUUUGGAAGGCAAUAGAAGCAAUUGUGCUUCGACAUUCAAUGCUAAGGGCUCAGUUCCGUCGAUCCCCUGCUGGGAUUUGGGAGCAAAGGAUACUUAAGUAUAGUGGUGAUUGCUUUAUCUUUCGGGAACAUACGGUACAGCGUCUCGACAGUGGUAUCAAAGACAUUCUCUUACAGAGUCAAAGCUUGCUAGAUAUUGGGGCUGGAAGACUACUUGUUGUUGAUCUCAUAACAACGCCCACAGGAGAGCAAUACAUCUCGCUAAUGGCACAUCAUCUGGUGAUAGACCUCGUGUCUUGGCGUGUCCUCCUGCAGGAUCUGGAAGACUUCCUCGCCGCAGGUACAUUAGCAGGUCCGACCCCUCUAACCUUUCAGCAAUGGUGCCACCUUCAAGAAGAGUAUGUUGCAGAAUGCCUUGACCCACAAAAAGCAUUACCAACCAAGGUGCCCCCGGCACCGCUGUCUUACUGGGGCGGGCAGUCCUUGGUGGAUAGGAACACCUGGUCAGAGGCAAAGCAGCAUUCUUUCACUGUCUCACCACAGGCGACACAGGCAAUCUUGGGCUCUGGCAAUGAUGCCUUUCGCACUCGCCCGGUCGAGCUGAUGCAUGCUGCCCUGCUGUACUCCUUCCUCCAAAUAUUCGACGAUCGAAAACCACCCGCUCUCUUUACAGAGGGCCAUGGUCGUGAGCCAUGGGAUUCGCACAUCGACCUUUCUCGCACAGUCGGUUGGUUCACGACCCUGGCUCCCGUAUGGGCGCCGGUGAGCAGGGGCGAAAACAUGUCCACAUUCGUACUGCGCGUGAAGGAGGCUCGUCGUGGCAUUCCUGCUAAUGGAUGGACAUAUUUUUCCUCGCGCUACCUACACCCGCAAGGCCGCCACUACCAUCGGGGACAAUCGCCCAUGGAGAUCCUGUUCAACUACACAGGAUUGUUUCAGCAGCUGGAGCGUCAAGAUGCGCUCCUGGAACUUGCUGCAAUCCCCGACCAUGGGAUCAUUGAGAUGCCCGAGGAUAUGCCUCGUUUUGCCCUCAUCGAUGUGUCUGCAGUGGUAAUGAAUGGCCAACUUAAUAUCUCAUUUAUGUACAAUCGACACAUGUGUCAUCAGGACAAACUUGAAAAAUGGUUCCAUGAAUGUGAGAGGACAUUCGAGGACCUGCCAAAAGCACUCAAAGGGCAUCGACAGCUUGCUCCGUCCGACUUUCCACUCUUGUCGAUCGGCAACGAUGGGCAAUUCGAGAAAUUGAUGCUUGAGAUCGGUCGUCGAGCCCAUCUUUCCGAGAUUGAAGAUAUUUACCCAUGCUCGCCAGCUCAAACUGGCAUGUGGCUAAGUCAAACCAAAGAUCCCCAGAAAUAUUGGUCGAGACUACAAUGGUCACUCUAUCCAUCCACAGACCUCAGUACGCCUGUGAGCAUUACUCAGGUCAAACAUGCAUGGCAAAAGGUGGUCGACCUUCAUCCUAUCCUUCGGACUGUAUUCUUUAUCGAUCCGAGUCUGGGCUGUGAGCCUUUACAAGUAGUCCUUAAGGCAGCCAAGGCAGAUAUCGAGGACUGCGAAGUGCAGACAUGGGCACCGGCGGAUGAAAUGCUCCCUUUGCUUGUUGAUCACCGCGGCGAGUCUAACAUGAUUCCUGCUCACCGACUCAAAGUCCACACGAUGCCAGAUGAUAGUGUUCGCUGUGAACUCGUGAUUAACCAUAUGCUAGUCGACGGUUACACGCAACAGAUCUUUCUCAAGGACCUUCAACAGGCGUAUGACGAUCUAGGGCCUCAGCCUGUCGCUCCUCCAUACAGUGAUUAUAUCGCGUAUAUCCACGGCCAGUCCGAGGUAGAAUCGAAAGCAUAUUGGCAACGUUAUCUGGAUGGGGUUCAACCAUGUCUCUUCCCUCGACUGAGUGUCUCCCCUCCGUCGGACCAGAAAGCGCUCCGCUCCUCGAGUUUUACAUUAGAUAAUGCCCAGUGCUUACGACACUUCUGUCAACGCCAUGCGACCACUAUCCCUAAUCUUUUCCAGGUAGCCUGGGGCCUUCUGCUGCAAGCAUAUACAGGGUCCGACAAUGUGUGCUUUGGCUUCUUGGUGUCGGCCCGAGAUAUUCCUCUCCCUGAUGUUCAGGAGAUUGCAGGCCCUAUUAUAAAUCUUCUCGUGUGCAGGCAUUCUUUCGAUCAACAAGAAUUGAUCUCUUCGACGCUUUCAAAUAGCCAGGUCGCAUAUGGGCGUGGCCUGGAUAACAGACAUAGCCCACUAACAGAUAUUAUACACUCUCUUGGCCUGACUGGUCGGCCCCUGUUUAACACAGCACUAUCGCUACAGAGGGCAAACGAUAAAACAGAGCCGUCAUCGCCUAGUACGGUGAUCAGAAAUCGGGGUGGCUGUGAUGCAACGGAGUACGAUUUGACUCUCAAUUUAUUUGAGAGAGAGAACACUAUAGAGGCAGAUUUGAGCUAUUGGUCGUAUAUAUUGACAGAGUUACAAGCAGAGCUAAUUACUGCCACCUUCCAACAUAUCGUCUCGCAGCUUGUAUCUGGAGUGUUGGACCAGCUAGGUCAGCUUGACCUGGUCAGUCAGUUGAAUCGGGAUUGCAUCAUGGACUGGAAUAAGCAAGCCCCGGUUAGUGUGCGAAGCUACAUUCAUGAUGAAAUAGGGAAAUUCGCCAUCAAGAACCCUUCGUCGCCUGCAGUGGCUGCGUCCGAUGGAUCCUUGACCUAUGCGGAGUUAGACCAAUUUUCAACCAUACUGGCAGGACGCCUUUCGCAGUAUGGCGUCGGCCCUGGUGCCCUGGUGCCAUUAUAUGCCGAUAAGUCUCGAUGGGUAAUUGUUGGGGUACUGGGAGUCCUGAAAGCUGGUGGUGCAUUCGUGUUAUUGGAUCCGUGCCACCCCAUGGAGCGACUACGAGAGAUAGUGAAGAGUGACCUCCACAGCCAGCUCAUUCUCACUUGUGCAAGGCUCGCAUCCCUAGCAGGGACAAUUGCAGAUACCGUGAUUGUGCUUGAACGGCUUGGCGAUGAGAGCAAUACAAGAAUUUGUUGUGCGCCUUCGACCUUGGCGCGCGUGUGCCCAACUACGGCGGCAUAUGCAGUCUUUACCUCUGGCUCCUCAGGAAAGCCGAAAGCGAGUGUCGUGGGGCACGAAUCUUAUGUCACAGGUGCAAGAGCACACAGUAAAGCGUUCGGUCUGGCCGAGGGCUCUCGAGUGCUUCAGUUCGCAUCAUUUGCCUUCGAUGCAUCGGUCAUGGAGAUACUAACUACUCUCAUGGUGGGCGGCUGCAUUUGUAUACCCUCCGAUAAGGACCGGCAAGAGAGGCUUCUCGACUUCAUACAGGAUGCCCAAGUCAACUGGGCAUUGCUCACGCCCUCCGUAGCACGAACCCUUGACCCCGAGAAGGCGGCACCUCUAAAGACUCUUGUUCUAGGUGGUGAAAGUCUGUCGCCAGCUGAUGUGCAGAAAUGGUCCCCAUAUGUGAAGUUGAUGAGUGCCUAUGGACCGUCUGAGUGUUCUGUUAUUGCGACUGUACAGAAUUCUACAACGACCUUGAUGAAUGAGCCAACCAAUAUUGGCCGCCCCACCGGCGCACGAGCUUGGAUAACCGAUCGAUACAUUUCUGACCGGUUAGUCCCUGUCGGUGCCGUAGGAGAGCUGCUCAUUGAGGGCCCCAUUGUAGGCCAGGGUUAUAUAGGUCGGCCGGAGCUUACGGCGGCCACCUUCAUUUAUGACAUGCCCUGGAUGAAGCACGUAUCCUGCUCACAGAGAAGACCCCUUUACAAGACCGGAGACCUUGUCAGAAUGCUCACUGAUGGAACAAUACUAUACAUGGGACGCAAGGAUCGUCAGGUCAAGCUCCGUGGACAGCGAAUUGAGCUAGCUGAAGUCGAAUAUCAUGUACGACAGUGUUUCCCUGGCAUGCCAGAUGUCUUCGCCGACGUCGUGCCGAGUAAUGAUGCGGACCAGGCAUACUUGAUUGCAGCGGUCUCGCAGCCCACCCAAGAUGAGCAUGAGUUUGCAUCUGCUGUGUCUAUCACGGAGAGCCAGUUGCAACAAGCUGUACCUCCAUUCAUGCGUCCAUCAUUUUUACUUCGCCUUCAAGAGGUGCCACGACUACCAAGUGGAAAGGUAGAUAGAUCGCGCAUACGACAGCAGGGCAUAGACUUUAUGAAGAAACAGCGGGAUGAAUGCAAUAGCGUUGAAAAGGAUUGGAAAGCAACAGACCUUAGUCCAGAGGAGCAAAAACUACGCGAGCUUUGGUCCGAGUUGCUGCAUUGCCGUGCAGGGGCUAUUGGACCCGAUGAUGACUUCUUCUCCCUGGGAGGUGAUUCAAUUACGGCGAUGAAGUUAGUGUCUGCAGCUCGGGCACAGGGUCUCCAUGUUGCGGUGGCAGAUGUAUUUGCGCAUUCUCAGCUACGCGAGCUCGCCAGUUCUGUCGCCGGUAAUCGCGAGGAGCCACAUGGAUACGAACCAGCCAGACCACUCGUGGCCCCAUUUUCGCUCAUUCCAAACGGCCGCGAGGCAGAAAUACAAAACCAGGCUAGUGUACAGUGCAGCAUUGAUCAGGUAGAUAUAGAAGAUAUCUACCCCUGCACGGCUAUGCAGGCCGGGAUGGCAGCCCUGACAGCUGAGCGAGCGGGAGCGUAUGUUGCUCACCAUGAGUACAGCAUUCCAUCAGACAUCAAUCUUGAACGUUUACGAUAUGCGUGGGAGAAGGUGGUCACCCACCAUCCUAUCCUUCGCACUCGUCUCAUCCAGACUACGGACCUUGCUUGCUGGCAAGUUGUUGUCCGGAACCAGGCGUUAGGAUGGACAGAAUCAUGGAGUGCUGGAAAAGAGGGCUUUGCCCUGGGAGGACUGGAUGCUAUAGGUGACCGUGACGAUGGAAUCUUUGGUGUUCCAUUGUUCAAUGUAAGAGUCAGUAGAGGGGAUAGUUGCAAGCUGACUCUCACAAUGCAUCAUGCGGUGUACGACGCGUGGACACUGCCACAGUUCCUCCACUGCGCCCACAUGGCCUACAUUUCCGAUGAGUACCUUCCAGCUGACCCAGUUCCCUUCCAGCAAUUCAUUGCAUACACCUGCUCGCAGGUCGAAGAUUCAUUAGCCCACUGGCGGACUGAAUUCAACGGUCUGGACGUUGAGCCGUUUCCCAUGGUUCCGUCAAUAUCAUAUCGCGCGAAGGCAAUAAGCCAGGUUGAGCAUUACAUACCAAUUGAGGCAGCUAAAGAGACUAGCGUCACACGCACCGCUGCCGUUCGUCUCGCAUGGGCCUUGGUACAGGCACAAUACCAGAGCAAGUCAGAGAUUGUUUAUGGUGUUGUUUCUUCAGGCCGAACAGCUCCUCUUCCAGGUGUCGAGGCAAUAAGUGGCCCGACCCUAUGUGCAUUUCCCCUGCGAGUUAGCAUCGAUACGAACGAGCAGAUUUGCAAGGCACUGAAGGAUCUCCAAACUCGAACUGCUAAAUUCGCCUGUUUUGAACAUGUUGGCUUGCAGCAGAUCGCGAAAUUGGGACCGGAAGCAAUGCGUGCCUGCUCCUUCCAAACGUUACUGAAUGUUGAGCCAGCAGAGGACUUUGUUGACAGCCCUGCUUAUAAGAACUUGUUUGACACUAUCGGAGUCAAAGCCAAGGAGGGAGCCUUUGCAUCAUAUGCUGUUGUGCUCAACUGUGUGUUGAAGGCAGAUUCUAUCACAGUUACAGCUACGUUCGACGAUCGGGUUAUCUCCCGUUGGAAGAUGGGGCAUAUCAUUAGCCAGUUCAGCCAUAUCCUGCAAGGCAUUUACCAAAGGCCGCAGUCACCGGUACGCGACAUUCUCGGGGAGCUUAAUCCGUCCAGUAUGCAGCAAUUGAAGACCUGGAAUGUCGCAAUCCCAGACAUGAUACGCGAAACGGUGCCUGGCGCCAUACAACAACAGUGCUCACGGCAGCCACUAUCUCCUGCAGUUUUUGCUUGGGACGGCAGCUUCACAUAUCGCGAUCUCGACAGAUGGUCUAAUAAGGUCGCCACCAUUCUACAACGUCAUAAGAUCCAUCCAAAGAGUCUAGUUCCCGUGCUUAUGGACCGGUCCCGUUGGGUAAUGGUGGCUAUGCUAGGCAUCAUCAAAGCAGGAGCAGCAUUCGUCUUGCUAGAACCGUCAAACGCUCCCGCCCGCCUGCGCCUUAUUUGCAACGACAUACAGGCCUCGAUCAUAUUGACCACAGCGCAAAAGUUGAAGGAGGCACAAGCACUGGUCUCAAAUACACUGGUGGUUGAUGGGGGGCUGGAAGACAGUUCUCCGAGCAUCACAACUGAUACAUCUGGGUGGUGUCCGAGUCCCAAUGAUGCCCUGUAUUGUGUCUUUACAUCCGGCUCAACCGGUAAGCCGAAAGGCAUCAUUAUCAACCAUGGACCCUUUGUCACAAUGAGUCAAGAGUACGCACGGCGGACAAGAAUAACGCCGGAUGCCCGAAUUCUGCAUUUUGGAUCAUAUGCUUUUGAUGUUAGUAUUCUGGAAACGCUGAGCACACUCAUCGCAGGGGCUUGUGUCUGCGUUCCAUCAGAGGCAGGGCGCAAGGAGCGAUUCGCUGAAGCAGUACAAGACCUCAGGCCCUCACAUGCGUUACUAACGCCGUCACUGGCGCGUGUGUUACCUCAGAAUGCCUUAGGCUCUGUACAUACCUUAAUGCUAGUCGGAGAAGCAGCUCGGCGCGAUGACUUCGUCAAGUGGACGGGGAAACUUCGCUUGAUGAAUCUCUACGGGCCCGCCGAGUGCACAAUCCUGUCAUGCAUGCAAUCCAAUUGUACCCCUGAGACCACACCAGCCAGCAUCGGACAUCCCGUCGCUAGCAUUGGAUGGAUCACUGAUCCACGGAACCCUUAUCAACUGGUUCCCAUCGGUGCUGUAGGUGAGCUAGUUUUGCAGGGCCCUCUGCUUGGUCGGGGAUACCUGAACGACCCAGACCAAACGGCUGCCGCAUUCUUCAGGGGACCGGCAUGGUUAGAUGGGCUUGGGCUAGAGGGCAAUGGGACUCGAUCUAUGGUGUAUCGCACCGGUGAUCUGGUCUGCUACGAGGAUGACGGCUCGCUGGUGUACCAUGGACGGAAGGACACACAGGCGAAACUCCGAGGCCAGCGCUUAGAACUUCAGGAGGUUGAGGAGCAGAUUCAGCGAUCUUUCCCCGGCAUACUGACUGACGUCGUUGCCGAAAUCGUAACACCCAUUGAUGCCCGGGGAGCCCCUUGUUUGGUUGCUUUUCUCGCCGUUGCAGGGAAAGGACAGAACACCGCAAGGCCACCCGAGCAUGGUGAACACCCACUUGACAUUGUUGCAGUCCCCAACUUUUCGGACCACGUCAAGUCGACUGAAUCCAGACUAUCAGAGAGCCUCCCGGACUAUAUGGUGCCCAGUAUCUUUGUCCCCUUGAGGCAAAUGCCCCGUACUGUCGGCGGCAAAGUCGAUCGCCGGGGACUGAGACAGGCAGCUUCAUCAAUGACACGCCAGCAGCUGGGACGGGAGAGUACCGGCGCCGCUCCAGAAAGGCAGAAGACAGUAUUGUCCGACACGGAGCGGCUUUUACAGUCGAUCUGGGCACGAGCUCUUGGGAUUUCGCCCGAGAAUAUCGGGGCAGAAGACAGCUUCUUCAGACUGGGCGGAGAUUCCAUAUCUGCAAUGCAGGCCACGAGCCAAGCGCGUGCAGCAGGCAUUGAACAUGCCGUGGCAGACCUCUUCCAGUGGAAGUCUAUCAGUCGUAUCGUGGAGAAGUUUGCCCAAUUCAUACCUGUGCGUCAGGCCACUGGGCACCAAGCUGCCGAAAAGGACCGUCAAGAGGAAGGGGAUGUUGGUGCCGGUGUCGAAACACCUUCGACGGACAACGCCGAGGAGCUAUUACCUUGUACGCCUGUCCAACGAGGAAUAUUGCUGACACAAAUGCAAGACCCCCUCAGCUAUGCUCCCCAUUUCAUUUGGAAGAUUCAGGGUAACUCCGACGCCCCAGUCGAUGUUGAUCGUCUGGCAGGGGCAUGGCAACAGACUGUAGCCCGGCAUUGCGCACUGAGAGUCGUAUUCGAGAAUGAUACGAGGGUCGAUAGUGAUGGCUUCCAGCUACGGUUAUUCCCUCACAUUGAUGCACCCAUUUACAUUCUUCCUGAGUCACCAGUCGACAGCAAGGGUGUGCCUGGCUGCCUGACUCAAGAAGACGUCCGACGAGAUAGUGACAUCCCACACCAAUUCACCAUUUGCGGCAUGGCGAAUGGGGUUGUGUUCUGCCGGCUAGACAUUAACCAUGCCAUUAUUGAUGCGACAUCCGUCUCAUUGCUGGUUCAGGACCUAAUGUCCCUUUACGACGGUCAAGUUCUCCCCUACGGCGCGCAGGAUGCAUAUCGUGAAUAUCUUCAUUUCGUCCAUAAGCAGCCCCAAGAGCCGGCACGUGCAUACUGGAGCUCGUACCUGAUGGGACUGCAGCCCCUGUCUCUUCCAUAUCCCUGGGUCGCAGAUGACAGGACUAGCAAGCCCCUGGAGCGGCUGGAGGUUCCUCUGGCCUGCAGUGGGUCGGACAUUAACAUGUUCUGUCGACAGACAGACUGGACGGCUUCAAACCUCCUCUACUUCGCUUGGGCUAUGGCCCUAGGCGUCUUCUCUGGGUCUGAUGAUGUUUGCUUUGGGGCACUGACCGAGGGGCGCCAUGUCCCAGUACAAAACAUUCAGUACACCGUUGGACAGAUAGCCAACAUGGCAGUGUGCCGAGUACGUCUGACACCGCAUCUAUCCCUUGAUCAGGCUGCUCUUUCUCUGCAAGACAACUAUGGCCACAUCCUAUCUUAUCAAACCUUCCCAUUAUCGGAGAUCGCCCGAGCGGCAGGUGUAACGGUGCAAGAGCUGGCCUCCACGGCUAUCAACGUCCAAUAUGCCCUUCCUGAUACUGAAUCUGAACAAAGCAAAUCCUCCCUCACGUUUGAGCCAAUAGGUGGACUUGAUCCAACAUCGCAAGAUAUUAUGCUCUAUGUCUUGAUAGACCAACAUGGGGAUGUCCGAGUAUCUAUGUCUUACCGCCCCUCCCGAGUAUCAACCGUCUUGGCCACGCAAUUAGCAGACUACUUUGCAGAGGCAAUCUCGCUUAUUCUUCGUGAUCCCCGUGCAAAGAUCGGUGACUUACACCUGCUGAGCGCCAAUGAUCAUAAACGAUUGUUGCGCUGGAACGCUGCACUGCACGAGCCACAGCCCCAAUGUGUGCAUCAGGCAGUCACUCAAUGUGCCCAGCGACAUCCGAGUGCUCUAGCUGUCUGUGGAUUCGAUGGCUCCUUCAGCUAUGCUGAGCUGGAGAUCACGAUGGACCGCGGUGGCGAUGCUGGCAGUGAUGAAGCCGGCGGUACCUUCGUGCCAUUAGACCCAACACAUCCUAUCACCAGGCUUCAAGAGCUUUGUCGGCGCGUAGAUGCUCGCUUCGUUCUUACUUCAGUGGCCCAAGCAAGUAUGAGUCCCCAGUUGGCGGCCGACGUAAUUGUGGUUGGGGAUAGGAACUAUGAUCACUACGCGAGAACGGCAGACCUACCAGCAGUUGUUGACCCUCAACAACCAGCGUAUGUGCUCUUCACAUCGGGAACUACAGGGUCCCCCAAAGGAGUUAUGGUCCCACACGUAUCGUUCAUUUCUGCCGCUCAGGAGCAGAUGCGAGCGUUCUCCCUUGGCCUCGGGUCUCGCGUAUUACAGUUCUCUUCAUACGCGUUUGAUGUGUCUGUGAUGGAAGUCCUCACGACGUUGAUGGCGGGAGGCACAGUGUGCGUCAUUUCCGAGUCAGAACGCAGCCGCAUGCUGCUGGAUGGUGUAUGUCCGAAAACAGUUACCCAUGCGUUUGUGACGCCGUCCAUUGCUGGGAUGCUUGAUGCCGGCAGAGCAUCAUGGGUAGAAACACUAGUCCUCCUGGGCGAGCCCAUGUCUACCUCACAUAUUCAACAAUGGGCUAAUUCCUCUUAUCUGAUGAAUGCUUACGGUCCAACUGAGUGUUCUGUCUUGAACACCGCAACAUCCCGCAUUGUCCCCGGUUGCGAUCCGAAGGACAUGGGCUACGCCCUAGGGGUACACUUCUGGGUGGUUGACCAGAACGACCACCAUCGACUGCUUCCCAUCGGUGCCGUUGGAGAGUUGAUUAUCGGUGGUCCACCCGUCGCUAAGGGCUACAUCAAUGACCCCAAGAGGACCGCCGACGCAUUUAUUGCGCCCCCUAGUUGGUUGCAAGCACUCUUCCCGAAGGACAUAUCGUCCUGGCGCCUGUACAAGACUGGUGACUUGGUCCGAUACGACAUAUCAGAUGGUACUUUGCGAUACGAGGGCCGCAAAGACCGGCAAAUUAAGGUACGUGGGCAGCGCGUGGAGCUCGAGGAUAUCGAGUAUCAUACGGCCCAAUGCUUUCCUGGUGCAGCAGACGUGGUUGUCGAGCAGAUCAUGCUGCCUCAGGAUCCAGAAACAGCUCCAGGUGCUGAGUCCUCAGUGCACCCUCGAAUCGUCGCCUGUGUCCAUGGGAAGCACCUCUCUGAGCAGUCAACGUCGGAUUCGUCGCUAGAGCGUGACUUGUUAACCACCCCAAGCCGUGAAUUCGAUGACGAUGCAGCGAUCGCAGUGCAACGGCUUCGAGACGUUCUCCCUAGCUUCAUGGUCCCCGAUCUGUUCUUACCUAUGGUUUGUGUCCCACGCCAAAAGUCAGGCAAGACAGAUCGUCGACGUUUGCGAGAGGCAAUAGUAGCACUCCGCUCCAAGGAUCGCACGUCCGCAUCGUCCACGACAAAACCAAGCAAGGGAUCACCUCAAACUGCCACUGAAAAGAAGUUCCAGGCGAUUCUAAGCCAGCUUCUCAAGAUUCCUCUGCACAAUAUCGGUGUCGAUGACAGCCUCUUCCACCUCGGCGGCGAUUCGAUCAUCGCUAUGAAGAUUGCGGCCCAUGCCCAGGCUAGCGGCCUUGAUAUCACCCCUCAUAAGGUCCUUCGAGAUCCUACUAUUCGGGGCUGGGCUUGUGCCGUAGAUGGAACGCAUCCCCCAACCUCUGUUUCACGCAAGAGCACGACUAUAUCCCUCGUUGCAGACUCUGAUUUGGCAGAAGUCCAGCGAGUAUUCUUCAACAAAGCGCCUCCCUUCAGUCACGACAACGUCCAGAGCGUUCUGCCUGUACUAGAUAGUCAAUCUUACUAUCUAGAUUCCUCGUCGAUAGUGAACUUCGCAGAACUGUUCCCAACAUCUCUUGAUACCAAUCGUCUGCGGAAGGCCUGUAGCACCGUGGUAUCCCAAUACAGCAUUUUGCGGACGGUCUUUGUCACUGUGGACCACCAAUUCUUCCAGGUGAUCCUACGGAGCCUUGAGCCAGAGUUCACAGAACUGGAAGUUGAGGACCCAGAGGCAUACUUACAGUUGGAAACGAAGCGACAAGCGACUCCGUCUACGCCACUCGGGACUGUCCCU